GUCUCCCAUUGAUUCUUUGCGUGGGCGGCGUUCUGAUCCUUCCGCCGCUGCGCUAAUCAGCGGCAGGUGAGGAGGCGGAUAAGGCGGAGGGAGCCGCCGCUGUUCCUGCUUCGCCGGGCCGUUGCUCUUCCUUCUCGUGAGGGGAACAGCGAGGUGUCCUUCCGCCGAGGAGCCAGCGGGGGCUGUUUCCGGAUCGCUCGCGGCGGCCUCCCACCACCGUCUCCCUUCUUCUCUGUCUCUGCCUUCCCCGCCGUUGAGAGCCGCCCUUUCUCCCCUCCGCCGGGUCCUCGGGCUCGCUGCCUCCUCCUGCUCCUCUUCUUUUCCUGUGGAAGGGCUAGUUCCCCCUACCCAGGUGUCGGGCUGGAGCCCCCAAACCCCAACAACGCGUCCGGCGCCAUGGCGCAAAUCCUGCCUAUCCGCUUCCAGGAGCAUCUGCAGCUCCAGAACCUGGGCAUUAAUCCAACCAACAUUGGCUUCAGCACCUUGACCAUGGAGUCUGACAAAUUCAUCUGCAUACGAGAGAAGGUUGGGGAGCAGGCCCAGGUGGUCAUCAUCGACUUGAAUGAUCCCAGCAACCCUAUUCGCCGUCCGAUUUCUGCUGACAGCGCUAUCAUGAAUCCUGCCAGCAAGGUCAUUGCCCUGAAAGCUGGGAAGACCCUUCAGAUCUUUAACAUUGAAAUGAAGAGCAAAAUGAAGGCUCAUACCAUGACGGACGAUGUCACCUUUUGGAAGUGGAUCUCUCUGAACACGGUUGCGCUGGUCACGGACAAUGCUGUGUACCACUGGAGCAUGGAAGGGGAGUCUCAACCGGUCAAGAUGUUUGAUCGCCAUUCUAGCCUUGCGGGCUGCCAGAUCAUCAACUACCGUACCGAUGCCAAGCAGAAAUGGCUGCUUCUGACUGGUAUAUCUGCCCAGCAAAACCGUGUAGUGGGCGCCAUGCAGCUUUACUCAGUAGAUAGGAAAGUGUCCCAACCCAUUGAAGGCCACGCUGCUAGCUUUGCACAGUUCAAGAUGGAAGGCAAUGCCGAAGAAUCCACUCUUUUCUGUUUUGCAGUGAGAGGACAAGCAGGAGGCAAGUUGCAUAUCAUUGAAGUCGGCACACCUCCCACAGGAAACCAGCCAUUUCCCAAGAAAGCUGUGGAUGUCUUCUUCCCACCAGAAGCACAGAAUGAUUUCCCAGUAGCAAUGCAGAUCAGUGAAAAACACGAUGUGGUUUUCUUGAUCACAAAAUAUGGUUACAUCCAUCUGUAUGACCUCGAAACGGGCACCUGUAUCUACAUGAACAGAAUCAGUGGAGAAACCAUCUUUGUCACGGCACCCCAUGAAGCCACGGCUGGAAUCAUUGGAGUCAACAGAAAAGGACAAGUUCUGUCAGUGUGUGUGGAAGAAGAAAACAUCAUUCCAUACAUCACCAACGUGUUACAAAACCCUGACCUGGCACUGCGGAUGGCUGUCCGUAACAACCUUGCCGGCGCCGAAGAACUCUUUGCCCGGAAAUUCAAUGCGCUUUUUGCCCAAGGGAGCUACUCAGAAGCAGCAAAAGUGGCGGCGAACGCCCCGAAGGGGAUCUUGCGUACCCCAGACACCAUCCGCCGCUUCCAGAGUGUCCCAGCGCAGCCAGGUCAGACCUCUCCCCUCCUCCAGUAUUUUGGGAUCCUGCUAGACCAAGGUCAGCUGAACAAGUACGAGUCACUAGAACUCUGCCGGCCGGUGCUUCAGCAAGGACGCAAGCAGCUCCUGGAGAAAUGGUUAAAAGAAGACAAGCUGGAAUGCUCUGAAGAACUAGGAGAUUUGGUGAAAUCUGUGGACCCAACAUUGGCUCUGAGUGUUUACUUAAGGGCAAAUGUUCCCAACAAAGUCAUCCAGUGUUUUGCUGAAACGGGGCAAGUCCAGAAGAUUGUGCUGUAUGCAAAGAAGGUUGGCUACACUCCUGACUGGAUCUUCCUCCUGAGGAAUGUAAUGCGAAUUAGCCCAGACCAAGGACAGCAGUUUGCCCAAAUGCUGGUGCAGGAUGAAGAACCUCUUGCGGAUAUCACCCAAAUAGUGGAUGUGUUCAUGGAAUACAACCUGAUUCAGCAGUGUACAGCUUUCUUAUUGGAUGCCUUGAAAAACAACCGCCCUUCUGAGGGACCUUUGCAAACCCGCUUGCUUGAAAUGAACCUCAUGCAUGCCCCUCAGGUUGCUGACGCCAUCCUAGGGAACCAAAUGUUCACUCACUAUGACCGAGCUCACAUUGCCCAACUGUGUGAGAAAGCUGGCCUCCUCCAGAGAGCUUUGGAACACUUCACUGAUUUGUACGAUAUCAAGCGCGCCGUGGUCCACACUCACCUUCUCAACCCCGAGUGGCUGGUAAACUACUUCGGCUCCCUCUCGGUCGAAGACUCCCUCGAAUGCUUGCGGGCGAUGCUCUCUGCUAACAUCCGCCAGAACUUGCAGAUAUGCGUCCAGGUUGCUUCCAAGUACCAUGAGCAGCUUUCAACGCAAUCCCUGAUUGAACUCUUUGAAUCAUUCAAGAGUUUUGAAGGGCUCUUCUAUUUCCUGGGUUCUAUCGUCAACUUCAGCCAGGACCCGGAUGUCCACUUCAAAUACAUCCAAGCGGCUUGCAAGACGGGCCAAAUUAAAGAGGUGGAAAGAAUUUGCAGAGAAAGCAAUUGCUAUGACCCAGAGCGGGUGAAGAACUUCCUCAAGGAAGCGAAACUGACAGACCAGCUCCCACUGAUCAUCGUUUGUGACCGCUUUGACUUCGUCCACGAUCUGGUGCUGUACUUGUACAGGAACAACCUCCAGAAAUACAUUGAGAUUUACGUGCAGAAGGUGAAUCCGAGUCGUCUACCUGUGGUCAUCGGUGGCUUGCUAGACGUUGAUUGCUCUGAAGAUGUCAUAAAGAACCUGAUCCUGGUUGUGAGAGGGCAGUUUUCCACGGAUGAGCUUGUUGCCGAAGUAGAAAAAAGAAAUAGGUUGAAACUCCUGCUGCCCUGGCUGGAAGCCAGAAUUCAUGAGGGCUGCGAGGAGCCGGCCACACACAACGCGCUGGCUAAAAUCUACAUCGACAGUAACAACAACCCCGAAAGGUUCCUGCGCGAGAACCCCUACUAUGACAGCCGGGUGGUGGGGAAGUACUGUGAGAAGAGAGACCCGCAUCUGGCAUGCGUGGCUUAUGAGCGUGGGCAGUGCGAUCAGGAGCUUAUCAACGUCUGCAAUGAGAACUCCCUCUUCAAGAGCCUCUCUCGCUACUUGGUUCGCCGCAAGGACCCUGAGCUGUGGGCCAGUGUCCUGCUAGAAAGCAACCCUUACCGAAGGCCCCUGAUUGACCAGGUAGUGCAGACUGCUCUCUCUGAGACUCAGGACCCCGAAGAAGUGUCUGUCACCGUCAAGGCGUUCAUGACCGCGGACCUCCCCAAUGAACUUAUUGAGCUGCUGGAGAAAAUUGUGCUCGAUAAUUCUGUGUUCAGUGAGCACAGGAAUCUGCAGAACCUCCUCAUUCUGACAGCUAUCAAGGCCGACCGGACCCGUGUCAUGGAAUAUAUCAAUCGCUUGGACAACUAUGAUGCUCCGGAUAUCGCCAACAUUGCUAUCAGCAACGAGCUUUUUGAAGAAGCCUUUGCCAUCUUCCGGAAGUUUGACGUGAACACCUCUGCAGUACAGGUUUUGAUUGAACACAUUGGAAACCUGGACCGUGCCUACGAGUUUGCUGAGCGCUGCAACGAGCCUGCGGUGUGGAGCCAGCUUGCGAAAGCUCAGCUUCAGAAAGGGAUGGUCAAGGAAGCGAUAGACUCCUACAUUAAAGCGGAUGAUCCUUCGUCUUACAUGGAAGUGGUCCAGGCCGCCAGUGCUAGUGGCAACUGGGAAGAGCUGGUGAAGUACUUGCAGAUGGCCCGCAGGAAGGCCCGGGAAUCCUACGUGGAGACGGAACUCAUUUUCGCUCUCGCUAAAACAAACCGUUUGGCCGAGCUGGAAGAAUUCAUCAAUGGACCUAACAAUGCCCAUAUUCAGCAAGUUGGCGAUCGUUGUUAUGAGGAGAAGAUGUACGACGCAGCCAAGCUUCUCUACAACAACGUCUCCAACUUUGGCCGUUUGGCUUCCACGCUGGUUCACCUGGGGGAAUACCAAGCGGCUGUGGACGGGGCUCGGAAAGCCAACAGCACUCGGACGUGGAAGGAGGUUUGCUUUGCGUGCGUCGACGGGAAAGAGUUCCGCCUGGCCCAGAUGUGCGGGCUUCACAUUGUUGUGCAUGCCGAUGAACUGGAGGAGCUCAUCAAUUAUUACCAGGACCGUGGCUACUUUGAGGAGCUGAUUACCAUGUUGGAAGCGGCGCUGGGGCUGGAGCGGGCCCACAUGGGCAUGUUCACAGAACUGGCCAUCCUCUACUCCAAGUUCAAGCCGCAGAAGAUGAGGGAGCAUUUGGAGCUCUUUUGGUCACGCGUCAACAUUCCUAAGGUGUUGAGGGCGGCUGAACAAGCCCAUCUCUGGGCAGAGCUGGUCUUCCUGUACGACAAAUACGAAGAAUACGAUAACGCCAUCAUUACAAUGAUGAACCACCCGACAGAUGCCUGGAAGGAAGGGCAGUUCAAAGACAUCAUCACUAAGGUGGCCAACGUGGAGCUGUACUACAAAGCGAUCCAGUUUUACUUGGAGUUUAAACCUCUGCUGCUCAAUGACUUGCUAAUGGUGCUGUCUCCCCGACUGGACCACACUCGUGCAGUCAACUUCUUCAGCAAGGUUAAACAGCUUCCGCUGGUGAAGCCCUACUUGCGCUCUGUUCAGAACCACAAUAACAAAUCGGUGAACGAAUCUCUGAACAACCUCUUCAUUACAGAAGAAGACUACCAGGCUCUGAGGACCUCAAUAGACGCCUACGACAACUUUGACAACAUCUCCCUUGCUCAGCGCCUGGAGAAGCACGAGCUGAUUGAGUUCAGGAGAAUUGCUGCAUAUCUCUUCAAAGGCAACAACCGUUGGAAGCAGAGUGUCGAGCUCUGCAAGAAAGACAGGCUAUACAAGGAUGCCAUGCAGUACGCUUCAGAGUCCAAAGACACUGAGCUGGCGGAGGAGCUCUUGCAGUGGUUCCUGCAGGAAGGCAAGAGGGAGUGUUUCGGAGCCUGCCUCUUCACUUGCUACGAUCUCCUCCGGCCAGAUGUCGUCCUGGAGACGGCCUGGAGGCACAACAUCAUGGACUUCGCCAUGCCCUACUUCAUUCAGGUCAUGAAGGAAUACUUGUGCAAGGUGGACAAACUGGAUGCCUCAGAGUCUCUGAGGAAAGAAGAAGAGCAGGCGACGGAAACUCAGCCCAUUGUUUAUGGUCAGCCCCAGCUCAUGUUGACGGCAGGCCCCAGUGUGGCAGUUCCCCCACAAGCACCUUUUGGCUAUGGCUACACCGCACCUCCCUAUGGGCAACCUCAGCCCGGUUUUGGGUACACCAUGUAAGAAAGCAAAGUCAGUUUGGAGUUAGCAUCGUUUUGCUGUUGAAAGUCCACCGUCUCUCCCACUUCAACUCGACAGGGAAAAGCUUCGUGGUCUUGUAACCUUUCCUUUAUGAAGGACUACAGUUUUCUUUGCUCCCCACCAUCCCUUCCCAGCGCAAACUCUUCAAUCCCACUUAAGCAUAAUCCAUCUUUUUUUCCACAUUCCAUGUCACUUAGAACUCUUAUUUUUUUCUCCAAAUGGGAAUAGUUUUACCUGUUCAAGUGGGCUUUCUUUCUCUCUUUUUUUUGGCAAGACUGCUUCUUGACAUUAAACCCAGUCUUUGUGACUAUUCCGAUUUGCACUCUGUAAACGUUUAAACUCUACUAUUGAAUCUAAAAGUUCAGUGUAUGUGAGCAGCUUACGAAUAUGUACUGUCUUUAUCCUAAAAAUGCAUUUAAAAGUCUCAUUGUAUAUUCUGAAGGGGUGGUAAAAAAGCUAAACCAGAGAGGGGGGGGUUGUAUUUGGGAGUUGCAACACUAACCAGCAUAUCCUACCCAAGUUGGAUUGCUUAGCUCUCUAGAAAGAAAAAAAGACAAUGCGUACAGACAACCUUUCCUGAAUUAAAAAGACAGCAACAGCAAACCUAGUCAGAGUUUUCCCCUUUUUCACCUAUGCAGGUUUCCAGUUUAGCCUUAGAGAAGAUGGUAGUGUGUGUUGACUCCAUACGUAAACGGAUGGCACCCCUUCUGUUGUUCUACUGUACCCUGUGCUUUUCUUGUGGGGACCAUUUUUUUAAUUUUCCAUUGAGGAACAAGGAGGAGCACCAUGAAUCCAAACAUGCGUGUAUUUGACUAACGCCACCCUGAGGUUUGUGUAUGUUGGAUAUUGUGGUGUUCAAGAUCACUUUUUUCCCGAGUGUACAGGCGAGAACUAAACAGAGGAGUGGGAGGGGGGACAAAACCCAAUUGCUGUUCCGUUUUUGUUUGUGCAAUUUAAAAAUGACUCAGAUUGGAAAAAAAAUAAAUUACUGGACUGUGGACAUGCUCUAUGGUAGUAGUUUUUCACUAUGUAUCUCUCUUUGAACUCCUUUUACGAUGUAUGUUCUUGGCCUAAAAACAAAACACGGAAGGUUGGACCAGCAACUUAGCAAAAAUACCAAAUUGUUACUAUGGAGACCAUAUUGGCAGGUGACUUUGCACUGAAAAGAUUGUGUGCGUGAGAGAGAAGUGUGUGUGACACAAACGCUUGGGACUAUAUACUGGAAUAAGGGAGAGUUAAUAGCACUUUUCAGCAGUCGGCAGCAGCUGGGCCAAUGACAACAUCUUCUAACCAGGUGAAAAACCUCUUUAGGGUUGUAGUUUUUGAGUGUUUCCAGUUAAAUCUGACAAAAAAAAAAGAUCAUGUUAUAGGUAUGUUAAGUUGCCUUAAUAUAUUUAGCUUCAAAAUAAAGUUGACUUUAAUGUUCAA